AUGACUUCGUCAGACGUUUAUGACCACGGCGAUUCACCAUACGUUUUCAAGCCUAGCAAGACUCCGGCUUCUCAGUUGAUCAGAGAUCAUUUGCCAUUGCCUGAAAAAAUGUUCAAGGAUUCGGUAUCGUUGCCAGGGACCGAAAAGGAAGGAUACAGUGCUAUUUACAGAAAUAAGAUGUUUCCAGGACGCCUAAAGGAGGCACUUACCCCAGAAUUGGAUACUUACUAUAGACUUUUCAAGAAUUCAGUUCUCACGUUCGGGGAUAAACUGUGUUUGGCGUACCGAAAAUAUGACUACGUGAACAAGAAAAGUGCCGAUGAUUACAGCUUUUUGACAUACCGUGAAGUCGAUGAAAUGAAGCAGAGGUAUGGGUCAGGGUUUCUUUACUUGUUGCAAAACAAUCCGUUCAAAAAUAGUGAAAAAUUCGAGAGUCACAGAAAGAUUGACAACCAUGUGAAGGACUACAAGAACUUUGACAUUUCUGACAUGUCUUUCGUGGCCACUAUCUAUUCGGCCAAUAGAAUGGAAUGGGUAUUGAGUGAUCUUAUGUGCUCUUCAUAUUCGAUCACUAAUACUGCUUUGUACGAUACUUUGGGGGCUGACACGUCAGAGUACAUCUUACAAACCACACAAUCGCCUGUUGUUAUCGCGACUAAGGAGCACGUCAUGGACAUUGUCAAUUUGAAAGAAAAGUACCCCGAAAAGUUGGAACAUGUCAUUUCUAUCGUUUGUUUAGAUCCAUUGGAUUUGAAGAACGAGACGUCUUUGAGUGCUGAAGAUCAAGCUUUGGUCACAGCAUGUAAGUCUCAUAGAAUAACAUUGGUAGAUAUCAACCAGGUCAUGAAGGUAGGUGAAAUAUUUCCAACCCCUGAAUUACCCCCAAGCCCAGAAACUUUGUAUACUAUUAGUUUUACUUCUGGUACUACCGGUGCACACCCAAAGGGUGUCUUGCUUUCCCAAAAGAUAUGUACAGCUGGUGUUACAUUUGUUCUUACUCAACUUCCACGUAUUCCCGAUGCCAGAUCGUUUUCAUUUUUGCCGUUGGCUCAUAUUUUUGAGAGACAAGUUUGCGCUUUUGGUUUAUCAUGUGGUAAUUGCAUUGGGUUCCCUCAAAAUGGUGGAACUCCUUUAACUUUGAUAGAAGACUUGAAGCUUUUCAAGCCAAACUACAUGUGUAAUGUACCUAGAGUAUUUACGAAAUACGAGGCUGCCAUCAAGAGUGCCACGGUGGAUCAUCCUACUUCAACUUUCAAGAGAGGUAUUUUCGAUAAAGUUAUCAGUACCAAAAUUCAAGCCCAAGAAAAAUAUGACGGGGCAGAUGGAUCUCAUCUCGUCUAUGACCGUUUAUUCUUGAGCAGUAUACGUAAGGCUUUUGGAUUUGAUAAUAUGGAAUUUAUUGUAACAGGAUCAGCACCAAUUUCUCCUUCUACUGUCAAGUUCUUGAAGGCCACUCUUUGUGUCGGUAUGCCACAAGGUUAUGGUUCCACUGAAUCAUUUGCAGGGUUUGCCAUUGGUAUUCCUUAUGAAGCCGAACCAGGUUCCUGUGGUUCCGUUGGUGUUACCGUAGAAAUGAAAUUAAGAGAAUUACCAGCAAUGGGAUAUAAUUUGGACGAUCCAGAAGGCCCCAGAGGUGAAUUAUUAUUACGAGGACCACAAAUUUUCAAGCAGUAUUUCCAUAAUGAAGAAGAAACCAAAAAGUCUUUCGACGAUGAAGGCUGGUUUCAUACUGGUGAUGUAGCUAGAUUCUCAAAAAAUAACGGCAGAUUAUUUAUUAUCGACAGAGUAAAGAAUUUCUUCAAAUUAUCACAAGGUGAAUACGUCACCCCAGAAAAGGUUGAAAACAAAUACCUCUCUUCGUCCUCAAUUCUUAACCAAUUAUACGUCCACGGUGAUUCUUUGAGACAUUUCUUGGUAGGUAUCGUUGGUAUUGAUCCUGAAGGUGCUGUUAACUUUUUGGUUGAAAAAUGUAAGGUAUCAAAAAGUCAAUUGUCUUCUUCAGAGCAGAUUUUAAAUGAAAUCAACAAGAAGGAAAACAGAGAAUUAUUGGUUGCAUAUAUUAACUCAAGAAUCAGUAAUCAAUUAUCAGGAUUUGAAAAACUUCACAAUAUCUACGUGGAAUUUGAGCCAUUGAGAUUGGACAGGGAUGUGGUUACUGCAACCCAAAAACUUAAAAGACCUGUAGCUUUCAAAUUUUUCAAGCCGCAGAUUGAUGUUAUGUACGACGAGGGGUCAUUGGUUAAAGGGCCUAAGUUAUGA